GUAGAUACCUGGAAAGAAGAAAAUUUUAUGGAAAUGUUUAUUAUCAUUGGCUAUACCUAGAAUUAGAGACACAUAUUCCUUGAGCUCCAGCUAAGAAAAUCUGGCUGCCGGGCUUACUUUAAAUACAGUCUGUUGCGGCAACUGUAAAGCAAAAGUAUAUAAACCUGAAAUAGUUAGAAAUUUAUUAAAUAAUAAUAAUUUUUCAAUUUCUGUAAUAUCUGUACUUUACUGCCGGAUUACCACAAUGAAAACUGAAAUCUUCUUAAUUGCAUUAUUAAGUGCAGCAACAAUUAGUGCGCUGAGUCUUGAGGGCUACAAAUGUAGCGACCACGUUAUACUGACUGCCAAUCCUGUAACGCCAAUACGUACGGUACGUAUCUGUGGUGUGCAGGAUUAUGCGGUUGCGCCAAGCUAUGUUAACUAUCAAACUUCAACGGGAUUUGAGAAAACAGCAUUUCCUUUGGUGACCCUGGACGGCUUUUUAAAUAAUUUAAAUUCGGUCAACCCAUUGUUGUCUUCAGCUUCUGCUACAGCUCAGUUAACCUCGAACGAACUCCAGCAACUGUCUGCAGUGAUUUUCCAAGCGGUGCCAAUAUUAACGCGAUUAUAUGAAACACCAAAACAUCCUUCAAGCAGCGACAUAGAUCUCAACUCAAGUGAUUUAAAAGAAAAGUAUGAAGUCGCGGAACAGAAAUUGAGUUCAAUUGCUGAGGACGCUGCACAAACGAAACGCACGUACGAAGAAGCCGCCGCGUCUGUGAAGAAUAUAUUUGAUGCUUUGACAAAUACUAAAGCGGAGAGAGACAUUGAUGUGAACGUGCAUUUAGAACCCUCCUUUGAAGCUUUACUAAAAAAGUUCCUUCAAGUAGUUACAGUCGAUAUGACUACAGCAGAACCUGUUGAUGUUCAUACACCAAAACCCACAACAGUGUCUACUCAAAGUAAUUCCGAUGAACAUGAUAACGAAGAACAUGAAAAUACUGAGGAGACUACGGAGGAUUACAAUAGUUGGAUUCGUUUGCAUUUCGGACCAGUUACAACGACGCUCACGACGGUUGCGGCAGCUACCGAAGAUUAUUCUGACGAAAGUUUUUACUCAACAAGUGAUAAAAGUUCGGAAGACAACUCAUUAAUUUCACAACAUUAAAGCUAAAAUUUAUUUCAACUGUGAUUUUAAAGUAAAUUAAACUCAUAGAAUACUAUUACUUAGAUACGUAUAACCUAAAAAUGAUAAAAUAUUCGAAAUAUGCAAGUUCCUCUCACAAAAGAGCCAUCCAAAGCACAAAAUUAAGUUUCAUACGAGGCUUGAAACUUUAACAUAAUAUAAUCUAAUGCAUGGUAUAUAAAAAUAAUAAUAUAAUAAUGCAUAUAUAUAAA